UAAAUAGAAACCGCCGGCCUACCGACGUGGGCCGUUUUCCCCCUCACAAAAAAUCCUUCCGUCACAUUUUCUGUAGUAAAAAUGUCCUCGGCACACAGACUUUCAUCGCUCAAAGCACACGCCAUUUUGGUCUCCUUCUUCUUCUUCUUCUUCUUCUGUACGGAGACCUCCAUUGACUCAUACAGAGUCAGCUCUGCUUCUCACACCAACCAAACAAAAAGCAACUUACAAGCAAAACGACAGAAAUGGGAGAGAGCUCCUUGUGCGCAGCAGCAGUGCUGGUUCCCGCCGUGAAAUCGGAGCUAUCGCCUCUAUCUCCAAUGCCUUCGCAUGGAAUCGCCUUGCUUCCGCUGCCGCCGUUGGAAGAUUGGAUUAAGGUGGAAACGGAGGAGGAGGAGGAGGAAGGGGUAGACAAGGAUAUGUUUUGUCCGAUAUGCAUGCAGAUCAUAACGGACGCGUUCCUCACGGCAUGCGGCCAUAGCUUCUGCUACAUGUGCAUCGUCACUCACCUCCAUAACAAGAACGAUUGUCCUUGUUGCUCUCGUUACCUUACUCCAAGCAAUAUCUUCCCUAAUUUAUUGCUUAACAAGUUACUGGAGAAAAAUUCAGCUCGGAAAAUAGCAAAGACUGCAUCUCCUGUUGAACAUCUUCGUCAGGCACUACAACAGGGUCGUGAAGUCUCAGUUAAGGAGCUAGAUGGAUUGUUGUCUCUCCUUGCAGAGAAGAAGAGAAAAAUGGAGCAAGAAGAAGCUGAGAAAAAUAUGCAGAUUUUACUUAAUUUCUUGCAUUGUCUUAGGCGGCAAAAGCUUCAAGAGCUCAAUGAGAUCCAAGCUGAUCUUCACUAUGUUACGGAGGACCUAGAUGCAGUAGAGAGGCAUAGAAGGGAAUUAUACAGAACAAAAGAAAGAUGCUUGGUAGAGCACAUGAUGCUUGAUAACUCUGUUGGAGCUAGACCCUUGCAAUCAAUGGUCGAUAAGAAUAGCAAUGGCAAUGUUCCUGGUUCAUACAGCAGACUUAGUUCUGGAAAUGUGCUGAAAAAGAAGGCUGAUGAAAAGGCUCAAGUGGUUUCUCAGGGCAUGCAAAUAAGGGAUACUUAUAGUGGACCAGACACACAAUUUGUUUCUCAAGAAGGUUUUGCAAGGAAAACGCAGAUCUUUGCACAGUUUAACGACCUGCAAGAGUGUUAUCUACAAAAGCGGCGGCAAUGGUUGAGACAAUCACAUAACCAUGUAGAUAGGGACACAAAAGCCAUAAGCAGAGAAGGUUAUAAUCCUGGCCUUGAGGAUUUCCAGUCAGUACUGCAUUCAUUUACCCAAUACAGUCAUUUGAGGGUUAUUUCUGAAAUUCGACAUGAGGAUCUUUUCCACUCUGCCAAUGUUGUUUCAAGUAUAGAAUUUGAUCGUGAUGGUGAGCUUUUUGCCGCUGCUGGAGUUUCAAGGCGCAUUAAAGUUUUUGACUUUUCCUCAGUGGUGAAUGAACCAUUAGAUGUGCAUUGUCCAAUUGUAGAAAUAUCUGCAAGAUCUAAACUUAGUUGCCUGAGCUGGAACAAGCACACCAAAAACAAUAUUGCUAGUAGUGAUUACGAAGGAAUAGUAACAAUCUGGGAUGUGACUACUCGCCAGAGUGUGAUGGAAUAUGAGGAGCAUGAGAAACGUGCCUGGAGUGUUGAUUUUUCACAGACAGAACCUUCAAUGCUUGUGUCUGGAAGUGAUGACAGCAAGGUUAAAGUUUGGUGCACAAAACAGGAAGCAAGUGUUCUCAACAUUGACAUGAAAGCAAAUAUUUGUUCUGUCAAAUAUAAUCCUGGAUCCAGCAUUUAUGUGGCGGUAGGUUCUGCUGAUCAUCAGAUUCAUUAUUAUGACUUGAGAAACAUCAGCCGACCACUUUUUGUGUUCAGUGGGCACAGGAAAGCUGUGUCAUAUGUGAAGUUUUUGUCGAACAACGAACUGGCUUCUGCAUCCACUGACAACACCUUGUGCUUAUGGGACGUGAAGGAAAAUCUGCCACUACGCACUUUUAGAGGUCACACAAAUGAGAAGAAUUUUGUGGGUCUCUCGGUGAAUAGUGAAUACAUUGCUUGCGGCAGUGAAACCAAUGAAGUAUAUGUUUACCACAAGGCCAUCUCCAAACCUCUAACUUUCCACAGAUUCGGAUCUGAGAUCGAAGAUGGUGAUGAUGACAUGGGGACAGGAUCUUACUUCAUUAGUGCUGUGUGUUGGAAGAGUGAAAGCCCAUUAAUGUUAACUGCAAACAGUCAAGGAACAAUUAAAGUGCUUGUACUUGCAGCCUGAACGGUACAAUAAGAACAUGCUUCUGAAAUUCUCAUCCAUGAUAUUUAAUGACGAAAAAUCAAAUUGGUAGCUAAUUCACCAUGAAA